UAAUGGUUGUUGCCUAACGGAGUAAAAGAAAUGUGCUUUUUCAGCGUUCUCCUAUUACUGUUGUCGAUUCUAAUCCUUGCAAAUGCUCAAAGAAACUGGCGAAAAGUUUAUUUAGAGGACCCGAAAAGAAUACUUAGUGGAUACCGUAGAAGUACGGAUAUCGUAGCUGAAUUCACUGAUUUAGGUUACGAGUACGAAACAGGAAGUAUAUGGCCAAAACCAAGAACUGAAAUGAGAUCAGAGUCUGUCUUUUACACAAUAAAUCCCAAGACUUUUAAUUUUUCUGCAACCGUCAGUAAUGCAGUACUAAAGAACGCCCUGGGGCGUUAUCAGGAGUUGACUUUUCCGGAAAAAGGUCUCCGCCCUGAAUAUGACCUGGAAAAGAUAGAGACACUAGAAGUAAUUGUAGCAGAAAUUGACCAACCAUUGUCUCAAGAAAGCAAUGAGUCCUAUACUCUCCGCAUAAAAGCUCCGAAAACGACGCUAAAGGCUAAAUCAGUGUGGGGCGCCCUCCGUGGCCUUGAAACUUUUUCACAGGCAGUAUAUCAAAACGGUUCCUCCUAUUGGGUAGCCGAAAACAAAAUCACUGAUUACCCGAGGUUUUACUACCGUGGGUUUCUUAUUGACACUUCGCGUCAUUAUUUGCCUGUUGCGAAAAUUUUUCAAUUUCUCGAUGCUAUGGCCUACAGCAAGUUUAACGUGUUACAUUGGCAUAUCGUGGAUGAUCCUUCGUUUCCAUACGUCAGCAAAAAAUUUCCACAACUUCAUAAAAAUGGUGCGUUUAAUGCGAAGACCCAUAUUUACACUCCAGAAGACGUACAAGAUAUUAUUGAAUACGCGAAGCUAAGAGGGAUUCGAGUGAUGCCGGAGUUCGAUACACCAGGACACACCCAUUCUUGGGGAGGAAUACCUGGUCUAUUAACAGACUGUGGUGAGACUGGUCAACAAGAAGAAAUGUUCAAUGACAUGAAGGGUCCUAUCAAUCCUAUACUUGAAGGAAGUUAUGAAUUUUUAGAAGAAUUUUUCAAGGAGAUAACCGAGGUCUUUCCUGACGAAUAUUUACAUUUGGGAGGAGAUGAAGUUGAUUUUAAAUGCUGGAUGAGCAACAAACGCAUAAUGCAAUGGUUGCAGGAUAAAGGAAACGGCGGAAACGGUACAACGUUACACACACACUACUUGCAAAAACUCAUUAAAAUCAUUGAAAAACUAAAGAAGAAAUACAUUGUAUGGCAAGAGGUUUUCGAUGAUGGAGUGCAGAUUAAUAAUCGAACCAUAGUAAAUGUAUGGAAGGAGGGAUGGAAACAAGAAAUGUCUAAAGUUACAAGCAGUGGACAUAAAGCCAUAUUGUCGUCUUGUUGGUAUCUCAACUACAUCAAAUAUGGCCUUGAUUGGCCAAAGUUGUAUAAAUGCGAUCCUGAAGACUUCGAUGGAACUAUCGAGCAAAAGAAAUUAGUAAUAGGCGGAUCGGCAGCUAUAUGGGGAGAAUAUGUCGACGCUACUAAUGUUAUACCGAGAAGUUUUGGACGUGCAUUUGCAGUAUCAGAAAGACUGUGGAGUUCAAAAGAUGUUAAAGAUGUAAAAUCGGCCUUAAAACGCUUGUGGGAACAUCAAUGUAGGUACAUACAACGCGGUAUACCAGCGGAGCCAGUUACAAGAAGUCGAUUUUGUCGAAAAGAAUGGAAUAGUGGAGCGUAACCUUUAACCUUAAUAUACACUGCUCACGAUGUAUGCGAUAUGUAGCAUGCGCUACUUGCGAAAAUGGAUUUCCACAGCUAGUAUUUUCUGCACUUCAGGAUACUUAUUAACAAUGUAUUUUAGGAGCAGAUUUAAAACAGUUAGAUGCAUAAAAUUGUUUAGUAAUUAGCUUUUAACAGCUGAUCAUAUUAAUGAGAUACACAAUAACAAUAAUAUGUAGAUUUUU